ACAUUAGAAGCCUUCCGGGCGGAAACAUCCCAUGGAAAGCUGCACGCCGGAGAGGUCGCAGUAAAAACACAGAUGGAAGUGAACGAAUAACCACACUGAAUUCUAUUUAUAAAGUUAUUUUUAGGUGUGAGAAGAGGUUUCCCGACAUGCUGCUGUGCCGUAUUUCUGCUUUAGCGAGGCGGGGGCUGGGUGUACGCAGAGUCGCCGCGGUCCGGCCCGCACUCUCCUUCAGUUCCGCCGGGGACGCAGCGGCCGCUGCCGGGGCAGGAGCUCAAAGCCCGGGGGGAGAGUACCGACAGACCGUGCUGCUGCCCCGCACAGACUUCCCCAUGAAGCUCAGCGGGCAGAAACUGCUGGAUCUUGAGCUGCAGAUACAGCGGGAGAGCGGUUUCGACAAGCUGUACACGUGGCAGAGAGAAAGAAAAGCUAAGAAGGAGUUUUGCCUCCAUGACGGCCCCCCCUACGCUAACGGAGACGCCCACGUGGGCCACGCCCUCAACAAGAUCCUGAAAGAUGUCCACAAUCGGUUUGAGAUGCUCCGGGGCAGGAAAGUGAACUACGUCCCCGGCUGGGACUGCCACGGACUUCCCAUAGAGCUCAAAGCCCUGGGCGAGCUUAACACCACACACCUGAGUCCUCUCCAGAUCAGACAGAAAGCUCGGGAGUUUGCUGAAUCUGCGAUCACCAGGCAGCGCGCAGCGUUCCAGCGCUGGGGCGUCAUGGCCGACUGGAAGAACUGCUACUACACGUUUAACGGGGCGUACGAGGCGGCACAGCUCCGUGUCUUCCAGGACAUGCACAGCAAGGGUUUGAUUUAUCAGGACUAUAAACCCGUCUUCUGGUCUCCGUCAUCCAGGACAGCAUUAGCAGAAGCAGAGCUGGAGUAUAACCCCGAGCAUGUGAGCACUGCAGUGUACGCCACCUUCCCUCUGAACACACUCCCACCUAAACUAGCGAGCAGUGCAGGGGAGUUGGGUAAAGUGUGUGUGCUGGUGUGGACGACACAACCAUGGACGAUUCCCGCCAACCAGGCAGUGUGUUACAUGCCGAAGGCACAGUACUCUUUAGUGAAGAGAAGCGAUAAUGAGCAGCUCCUCCUGGUGGCAACUGAGCGCAUUGCAAACCUCAGCACUACACUGAGCACCGAGCUCCAAACCCUGGCCACAUUCACAGGCUCAGAUCUGGAGGGCGGUGUCUGCCAGCACCCCACAGUUCCUGGUAAGGAGGUCCCCCUGUUGCCAGCCAAUCAUGUGACCAUGGCUAAAGGAACCGGACUGGUCCACACGGCUCCGGCUCACGGCAUGGAGGACUACAGCGUUGCCACUCACUUCAACCUGCCGGUGGAGUGCAUGGUGGAUGAGGAGGGCAGGUUUACCGAGGUGGCGGGGGCUGAGCUACAGGGGCAGAUUGUGCUGGAGGACGGAAACACUUCAGUGAUGUCGAUGCUGCGUGCUGCUGGAGCGUUGGUGAAGGAGGAGCAGUGUGUACACAGUUACCCGUACGACUGGCGCACUAAGAAGCCGGUGGUGAUCCGAGCCAGCAAGCAGUGGUUCAUAAACACAGCGAACCUGAAAGAUGUGGCUAAGGAGGCGCUGCAGAAGGUGCGCGUGAUGCCCGAGUCGGCCAGGGCGAGUCUCUUGGCCAUGCUGGACAGACGGACGUACUGGUGUAUCUCACGUCAGAGAAGCUGGGGCGUCCCGAUUCCCGUCUUCUACCACAAACAGACCGGGGAACCUCUCCUCAACAAGCACACAGUGGCUCAUGUAGCUAAAGUGUUUGCAGAGAAGGGAAGUGACAGCUGGUGGGCGGAGCCUCUGGAAACCCUACUUCCUCCUGAUGUUCUGAAGAAGAGUAAAGCUGGAGUCGUGACAGAUUAUGUGCGUGGUGAGGACGUGUUGGACAUCUGGUUUGACAGUGGGACGUCCUGGGCUGCUGUGCUUCAGGCCGGUGAGGAAGACAGUGAUAAAGCCAAGCGCGGCUGGUUAAGCAAACAAGAGGCCGACCCGAGAGCAGAUGUGUACGUGGAAGGGAAGGAUCAGAUCGGCGGCUGGUUCCAGUCAUCUCUGCUGACGAGUGUGGCUGUGCGCAACAAAGCACCUUAUAAGGCGUUGGUCGUCCAUGGUUUCGUGCUCAGUGAGAAGGGAGAGAAGAUGUCCAAAUCCCUGGGCAACGUCGUCGACCCCGAUGUUGUUGUUAACGGAGGAAAAGAUUUAUCUGUUUCUCCUCCGUAUGGUGCAGACGUGUUGAGGUGGUGGGUCGCAGAGUCCAACGUUUUCUCCGAGGUCCAGAUUGGACCCAAAGCUCUGAACGCAGCCAGGGAGAACAUCAACAAGCUGAGGAACACUCUGAGGUUCCUGCUGGGGAACCUGCACGGUUUUGACCCUCGCACUCAUGCUGUUGACUCCAAAGACAUGCACUACAUCGACCAGUACUUACUGCACCUGCUCCGAGAGUACAGCAUGAAGGUAACCGACGCCUACAACGAGUUUGAUUGCGGCCGAGUGAUUCGCCUCCUGCAGGCCUUCAUCACUCGAGACCUGAGCAGCUUCUACUUCAGCAUCAUUAAAGACAGGCUGUACUGCGAUGCGGAGAACUCACUAGGCAGGAGGUCGUGUCAGACGGUUCUUGAGGAGAUUUUAGACGGGGUGACGCGCUCCAUCGCUCCGAUCCUGCCUCACCUGGCUGAGGAGGUGUACCAGCAUGCACCAGGGCACGACGCAGUAGGCGAGACUCUGUUCCAGAGCGGCUGGAUUAAAAGCAGCUCGGUGUGGAGGAAACCUGGAUUGGAGGAGGCUGUCGAGGGGGCGUGUGCCAUUAGAGACUCCUUCCUGUCGUCCAUCCCAGGAUGCAACGCAGCAGAGUACGACCUGACCAUCGCCAUCGAGCCCGGCCUCCUCUUUGAGCUCAUGGAGUCCCUGCAGGAGGAACCGACUUCAAUGUGUUCGCAGCUGACGGAGCUGAUGAUGGCGUCGCGCACCACACUGAUUGGCUCUUUGCCACGGGACCUGCCCUCUGACGCAGUCAUCAGCAAGGGGAGCUUUCUCAUUAACCUGGAGGGUGGAGUUAUCCGCGAAGAAAGCGCUUACUCUGUAGCCGCGGUUCCCAUCUCUUUGUCCCGCUGCCCUCGUUGUCGUCGCUACACCUCGGACACACCCGACUGCCUGUGCUCGCGCUGCCAAACUGUCAUCGGUGACGCCUAAUAGAACUAUCGAUAGUUGCACUUUUCCUGGCUCCGCCCAUUCCGGCCAGGAAGCCAAAGGAUACUCCUUACCCAUAAUUCCUGUUGCUGUACCGAAUAAAUGCAAGCGAUAUGUUAAAGAAGCACUUGGUAAUGGUAGCGCUCUCUGGAUCCUGGGAGGGAAAUUACACCUAUAAUACCAACCGAUGAUGACCACGCCCACUUUAGUGGCGGUGGAGCUAGGUUUUAAGUUGCAAAUCAGGGCCCAUAUAUACUAAGUAUCUCGAAACCACGCUCAAAGUUAAUUUAGGACUAAAAAUGUUCUUUUGCCCGCAUAGUAGUGUAUAUUUAGUAGUGUUAUUUCCUACUCUGAGACGCUUAGUAAAUACGGGCCCAGAGCUGUUCAUUUCCCUGAAAAUGUAAGGAGGAUCAGUUUCACAGACCUUAUGUGUUUAUUUAUGUUUGCUCAUUCCUGUAGGUAUACAUGUAUAUACGAGAGGCAGAAUGAGAAUGUGGGAGCCUGCAGUAAAAAAUAAAAAUGAAGGGCAAAUUUUUUACUUGCAUUGUUGCAUAGAUUGAAAAGACUCUAAACUAAACUGUUGCACUGUUUACCUGUAAAUGAUAAACUGCUUUGUACUGAAUGAUUGCGUUUUCUUGUACACUUAAAUUUAAAACGAUUUUGUAAAUGUAUGACAUCUGCAUCUCGGAAAAAGACCAUAAACCAUGCCUAUUCCAAUAAACCACACCCACUUGA